AUGGCGGAUAGACCAAACAAACUCGCCUUCCUCUCAAUGCCAGCACCCCCCGGUUACGUCGCCGGUCUAGGUCGAGGUGCAUCAGGAUUCACCACUCGAGCCGAUAUAGGUCCUGCUCGACUCCCCGCCUCUACCUCCUCCAAGCCUUCUGACGAUGCUGCUGGAUCCGAUGCUGGAUCAGACGAGGGCAACGGUGAAGAAGAGUCUGGUAGAUUUGACGAUCCGGAAAACGAAACAAACCUAUUCGCCGGCACCAUCUACGAAAAAGAUGACGAAGAAGCAGAUCGAAUCUGGGAGUCUGUCGAUGAGCGAAUGUCUCAACGUCGACGAAAAUUUCGUGAAGCACGCCAACGAGAAGAGCGAGAGAAGGCUCGUUCAGAGAAGCCCAAGAUCGGAGCACAGUUUGCUGAUUUAAAGCGAGGAUUGAGUGCGGUUACGCAAGAUGAAUGGGCCCGUCUUACAGACAGUGGCAGUGUGACGGGGAAGAAAAGAAAGGCAGCGGCGAAGAGGGAAGCGAGGAAUACGAGGAGUUUUGCGAUCUCGGAUACAAUUUUGGUCGGGAAUAGGGAUCGAAAUGCCGUUCAAUCUGCACUAACGGAGGAUCAAAUGGGGGAAGGGGAGGGCGAAGGAGGUAUGCUAACCAGUCUAACCGAGAUAGGAGAGGCAAGGAAUAAGAUCCUCUCCCACCAACUUGAUGCUGCCUCUUGGAGCACCUCUGGUACGGCGACUUCGAUUGAUCCUACGGGCUAUCUUACUCAACUUUCCUCGUCUAACAUCAAGACCUCUGCUGAGAUUGGCGACAUCAAAAAAGCACGCUCUUUGCUGGAUUCGGUGAUCAAAACCAACCCCAAGCACGCUUCAGGAUGGAUUGCAGCAGCACGAGUCGAAGAAGUCGCUGGAAAAAUAUCCAAGGCCCGUAAGAUCAUCACGCAAGGUUGCCAACAUUGUCCUCGCUCCGAAGAUAUCUGGUUGGAAGCAGCUCGACUGAACACGAAAGAAAACGCCAAAGUCAUCCUCGCCCGCUCCAUCCAACACGUCUCGCAAUCGGUCAACAUCUGGCUUAAAGCCGUCCAACUCGAAUCCGACCGGGAAAGCCAAAAACGAGUGCUGCGUAAAAGUCUCGAAUACAUCCCCAACUCGGUGCAACUUUGGAAAGAACUCGUGAAUCUCGAAGAAAAUGCGCAAGACGCACGGAUUCUCCUCUCUGGAGCUGUAUCUGCUGUGCCUCUAAGCAUCGAUCUCUGGCUAGCCCUAGCAAGGCUAUCCCCAGCGGAGCAAGCGAAAAAAGUGUUGAACGAGGCGAGGAAGACGAUCCCUACCUCGCACGAGAUUUGGCUUGCAGCCGCACGACUAUUGGAGCAAGUGGAGGGAGAUGGUGGUAAAGUGGACAAGACUCUUGCUGCUGCGGUGAAGGCGUUGAGGAAAGCAGGGGUUGAGUUGUCAAGAGACCAAUGGUUGCAGGAAGCGGAAAGGAUGGAGAAGCAAGCAAGCCCGAUGGUUUGUAGUGCGAUUGUCAAGGCGACUGUUGAGUUGGAUAUUGAAGAGCAGGAUAGGAGCGCAGUGUGGGUUGAGGAUGCACAGUGUGCUUUGCAGAGAGGUUGUGUGGAGACGAGUAGGAGUAUCUUAGCUUAUACCUUGAACAUUUUCCCGCAUCGGCCCGCGAUUUGGACUCAGGCUGCCAUGUUGGAGAAGCAGCACGGUACACGACCAAAGCUGGAGGCCUUAUUGGAAAGCGCGGUUAGUCAUUGUCCCAAGGCAGAGCAACUUUGGCUUAUGUACGCUGGGGAGAAGGCCGAUGCAGGGGAUAUUGGAGGAGCGAGAAGUGUACUCAUUAGAGCCUUUGAUGCGAAUAUCGGAUCAGAGAAAAUCUCGCUUGCUGCAGCGAAGCUAGAAUCGGAGAAUGGACAAUUGAUUGCAGCAGGCAAACUGUUGGAGAGAGCAAGGGUGGAAGUGGGAAGCGAAAGGGUAUGGAUGAAAAGUGUUGUGUUUGAACGAGAUCAUGGAUCCCCCCAACGAGCGAUGGAGUUGGUGCAAGAGGCGAUGACCAAAUUCGCAUCUUUUGACAAACUCUAUAUGAUUGCUGGUCAACUGCAACCCCUUCUCCACCCAUCUGAUCCAACGCAAGCGGUACAAUCUGCCAGGGAACACUACUCCCGCGGGAUAAAAGCAUGUCGACACUCCAUCCCACUCUACCUACUCGCUAGCCGACUUGAACACCAAGCUGGAUCGACAAUCCGCUCCCGAGCGAUCCUCGAAAAAGCGCGUUUCCACAACCCGACCUCUGAAGAAAUAUGGUACGAAUCGAUUCAACUGGAACAUCGAACAUGCUCCUCGUCAACCCAAGCCUUCACGCUGCUCUCGCGUGCUCUUCAAAUACUACCCACAUCUGGACUACUAUGGACGUUAGCCAUAGCAUUUGAACAUGGAUGCGGACGAAGAAGGAAAUUGGCUGAUGCACUGCGAAAAACGAGCGACGAUUCGAAAGUUGUCUGCGCUGUAGCACAGCAGUUCUGGCUGGAAAGCAAAUACACACAGGCAAGGAAAUGGUUUCAGAGAAGUACACAGGUAGAUGCAGAUAACGGCGAUGCAUGGGCAAUGUGGUAUCGAUUUGAACUCGAACAAGGCGACCAAUCGAGCACAAUGGCCCUCAAGGAACAAGUGCAAACAGCGAAUCCCAGACAUGGCAUCGUUUGGCAGAGUGUAGCGAAAGACCCGAGGAACAAUGGCCUGCGGACGGUGCAAGUGUUGGAGAAAGUGGCGGACAAGAUGGUCCCUCUCAAGUAG